AGUAGGAAGUGGUGAGGCUUGCAGCGGAGAUGGCUGCGCUGGCCCCGCUGCCUCCGCUGCCACCACAGUUUAAGAGCAUACAGCAUCAUCUGAGGACGGCUCAGGAGCAUGACAAGCGCGACCCCGUUGUGGCCUAUUACUGUCGUUUAUAUGCAAUGCAGACUGGAAUGAAGAUUGAUAGUAAAACUCCUGAAUGCCGUAAAUUUUUAUCAAAGCUAAUGGAUCAGUUAGAAGCUCUUAAGAAACAGUUGGGUGAUAAUGAAGCUGUUACUCAAGAAAUAGUUGGUUGUGCCCAUUUGGAGAAUUAUGCCUUGAAAAUGUUCUUGUAUGCAGAUAACGAAGAUCGUGCUGGCAGAUUUCACAAAAACAUGAUCAAGUCUUUCUAUACUGCAAGUCUUUUAAUAGAUGUCAUAACAGUGUUUGGAGAACUAACUGAUGAAUUUAGAUUUAUUCCACUUCCAGAAGUAUCUACGGAACAGAAUGUGAAACACAGAAAGUAUGCAAGGUGGAAGGCAACAUAUAUCCAUAAUUGUUUAAAGAAUGGAGAGACUCCUCAAGCAGGGCCUGUUGGAAUUGAAGAAGAUAAUGAUGUUGAAGAAAAUGAAGACGUUGGAGCAACCUCUCUGCCCACUCAGCCACCUCAGCCAUCAUCUUCAACUUACGACCCCAGCAACAUGCCGUCGAGCAGCUAUACUGGAAUACAGAUUCCUCCCGGUGCACACGCGCCGGCGAAUACACCAGCAGAAGUGCCUCACAGCACAGGUGUAACAAGUAAUACUAUCCAGCCUACUCCACAAACUAUUCCGGCCAUUGAUCCUGCACUUUUCAGUACAGUUUCCCAGGGGAAUAUCUGUCUAACACCCGAGGACUUUGCUCGAGCUCAGAAAUACUGCAAAUACGCCGGCAGUGCUUUGCAAUAUGAAGAUGUCAGCACUGCUGUGCAGAACCUACAGAAGGCCCUCAAGUUACUAACUACAGGCAGAGAAUAAAACCUUUGUACAGCAGAUCCAUGCAUCUUUGGCUUAAAGAACUAACAGUUCAUUACUCUGUAUCUUCCGACUAUCAGGAGCACAGUUUUAAGGAAGACUUCAGUUCCAUUGACGAUAACAAUGAAAUCUGUGUCUGAGUGUCAGAUUCCUGUUGAAGCAUUCAUCAGCAGCCUCAGCCAGUUUUCAUUGCCCAUUUAGUGAAUCCAUUAAUCUCUGGGUAUUUAGGGCUGAUAUUAGCGAGGUCCUAAAAAUGCCCAUUGAACCCUGCCUCAGAAAAUGAAAAUACAGUUCCAUAAAAUGUAUUGGGAAUAAGCUUUGUAUCUUAAUUUACAUAAUUUAAGAAAUGUUUUAAUUUAUGAUGUGGACAAACAGAUCACAGUACUUUGCUAUAAAAUUCUAAAUUUAAUUAUGAUGGCCAGAAUAUUCCAGAUUAGAGAUCAUGGUUUUUGUUUUUCUCAGAACUUAUAAGACAAAUAUGAACAUCCUAAAUUGUUAGAUGAAUCUGAAAGAGAUUGUGUUCAAAAUUCAAUGUUAUAUUCAUGUUAUAACUACAUUAAAAGUUAAAAUUUUCAUAGAAAAGAAGGUGAAGAGGUAGAAUCACUUUUAGACUUAAGAAGAAUGUUGGUUUCCCAACUGCUUUCCCGUAUCCAUUGAAGCUUAAGGUGAAUUGGUAUUUGCUUCGUAGGCAGCUUGACUGCAUGUGUUAGAGAAUGAAAAACAGCUUUAGUAAUGCCUGGAAACUUGGUGCUUUAAGUUGAGAUUCUCCUCUGCUGCUAUGGAAUGGAUUCUCUAGAGUGUAUAGCUAUGAAUGAUGCAGAAGCUUAUAAGAUACUAGAUUCUCACUUGUUACAUUUAUAAGUUUUGGGGGAAUUUUGGGCUUAAUGUGUCACCUGCAUUUGUGCUGUAUAAAAAUAAAUGCAAGGAUUCUUUUCACUGGUUCAACUUACAACAGAGGCAAAUGUCUAUUUUGAUUUGCAUGCUAAAAUUGUCCUUUUUGGGGGGGAGGGUACAUGCCCCUAGCAACAACCGAACCUGGGACUCUCUGGUCUGCAGGUCGAUGCUCCAACCGCUGAGUCAAACCUGCCAGAGCUAAAAUAGUCAUUGUUAAAGUCAUUAUUUUUAGUUAUAGGAAUAAGAUAUUUCUGUAGUAAGACACAAUUUUCUUUAAGAGAGAGAGAGAGAGAGAUUUGGCAAAUUUCCCUAUAAUUUAUCUGGUCCAUUUUAUUUAUUCCACUAAGAUUGAAGUGUUUUAACAUAUGGGUCAGCAAACUAUAGUCUGUGGCUUGACUACCUGUUGUUGUUCAAAUAAAGUUUUAUUGAAUCAAAAUCAUACCCAUUUGUUGGUUUUAUCUGCAGUUGCUUUUCAUAACUACAGAAUUGUAUUUCCUACAGGUCUAAAAUAGUUACUAUUUGGCACCUUAAGGAAAAGUUUGCUGACCCUGAUCUCAUUUAUAGUCUAUCUGAAAGAAAAUGAAUUAUUAACUCAAUCAUUUGUGUCUUUCAUUUUUUAUUUGCACAACUGUAAUGCUGUUGCAUAGGUUUGAUAGAAUGGUAAUUCAGACAGAAUAAACUGUUCUAAAUUAUUGGUGGGGGGGGAAGCCCCAAAUAAUAUGCCUCCUGAAAAAUGUAUCUCUCACAACUAAAUUCCUGCAGCAUUUGUAAGAUUCAAUAUUUACAUCUAGAAAUCCAGUACUCUGACAUACUUCUUUAGAACUUGACUGCAGUAGAAAAGUGGCUAGAAUGGUUAUUAGUGCUUUUAAGAGCUAAACGUUUUAAUUAAAAUCUUUACGUGUCUGGACACUAGAAAGAAAACUGCCACUUCUUAUUUCCUACCCUGUUUCGUUGCUUUCAGUUGGAAGAGCACAUGGAGGGAAGAAGAUAAUGUGGGAACCCCGGAGCCUACUGAUAAGUGGGCGAUGGUGUGACAGCCCUUAUCUGUUGAGUGGAAGCAACACCACUAGCCACUUUGGAGUUGUUAUGAGAGCUAACUGAGAGCGUGUACACCAAGUAGUCAGCACAGAGUAGCAUUCCAUAAAUGUUUUUUGUUGUUCAUAUUAAUGUUACAUUAAAUAAUGUAGAUUGUUAAUAAUCAUUUAUUUCCUGAAUAUCAGGAAAUCCGAGGUGUCUUUGUGGCCUGUUGCUUAAAAUGCUUACUUGUUGAGGGAUUAAACUAGAAAGAUUUUUUAACUUUGUAUUUUUUCCUGGUAAACCUGACAAGAUGAAGUUAGAAAUUUACCAAUGUAACACUAGGAUAGCAAUUUUCAUUUAGUCAUUCAACAUGUAUUUAUUGAGCAGCUACUUUGUGCCUGAUAAUUGUCUUUUGCAUGAAGAAAGUACAGAAUACAAGGGAAAAAACAAA